CUUUUUGUUAUGUGCGAAUUCUACAAAUUUUUCGAUAAAACUUAAGUUGAACUAGAAAGAACUACAACAUUCUACACAUUUCUAAAUAGCUUACUGUGACAAAAAAAGUUUCUAUGAAUAAUUAUAAAGUUUUACUAAAAACAGAGAUUUGUAGAAAUUAUUAAUUUUUACGUAGAAAUAUUUUCUUGUAAAAAUACUUUUUUUUUAGAUAUAUGUAUUUAAUUAUUGAAAUGAACAAAGUAUUCUGAUUUUAGUAUUUCGGCAUAGAACUUUGUGGAAUUUUUUCUGUGUCUUUUUUUGUCUCGCAUUCGAAAUUAUUUUAAAAGCUAAUAUACAGCAUGAAGUUAACCGUACGAGACACGACGAGCGUGAACUUCAGAUCGAUCGAGCGGCCGCCAUUUUUUCUUCAGUUUCUACUUGUUCACGUUGUCUUGUCGGAAAUCUGAAGAACUGAUAAAAAAAUGAAUUCGUCAAGUUUCUCAAGGACUGCCCCGCCAUCGACUUCUACUUUAGGCAACAUGUGUGUUUGUUUUUAUUCGUUUCUUGAUAAAAUUCCAUUGUUUUAUAUUGCCAGAUAGCCUCUUAUUCUUUCGAGAAACAGAUUUUGCAAAGCGUCUGUUACAAAUGCCAGCAAAAAUAUAACGGAAUAUGACAGAUUAAACAAGAGAAUCUAUUUAUAAAAUUUUAUGGUAGAUCGAUUAGAAAAAUUAAGCAAAAUCUGCAAUCAUUUAAAUCUCUCUAAAUUUCAAAGAGUGAAAAAUCACUAAAUUACACAACCUCAAUUUUUAUUCUGUAGAAGUAAAUUUUUACUAUUAUUAGAGUGUCACAUUACUCGAAAAAUUGCACAGGCUCAAUUUUAAUUCUUUUAGAAUGACGUUUUACUCUAUGAAAUUUAACGAAUAUUGUGUAACUUCUAACGACAGUUUCAUUACAACAUUGUUGCGCAGGUAAAACACAUGGUACAAACUGCGCAAUAAAAUUAUAACGAGCCUAUUAUUAAGAAUUACAGAAUAGACUUCUUGGGUUGUUUCUCUCUUUUGUCCCGUUGUAAUAUUAAAUGGAAAGUAAUGUAGUUAUUAUGUCUAAUAUUAAUAUCUUACUGCAGACAAGUGCAAUUUGAGUCGAUAUUGGACGAAAGCAGCGAUGAAGAAGCGUUCAACAUAAAUAUCCCAACGUCGCAACUGGGCGUAGCGGUGCAAAAGCAGCAAAGCAAUAGCAUAUUUACCGACAAUUUUACAGAUAGAGAUGAGGCUCGUAUUUUCAAAUUAAUUUCAAAAUAUUUAAAAAAUAUUGCAAUUUUUUUUAUCUGCAUUUUCUCGUUUAAUUAAUAUAGCCUUAGCUUUCCUUUUUGCAAACAAGAUUCAUAAUCGCGUGGAAAAACGUGGAUUUACUUAUAAUCCAACGCCAAGCGCUUUAGACAGCAAAUUUUAUUGCUGUUGUUAAUUGAGAAUCUUAAAAGAGCAUCUUAUCUAUUCAAAUCUUAUUUAAUCCUAAAGUGCUACCCAUAUUUUUCUGACGUUAGUACUGCUCUGUGUGAAAAUUUACCUACAUGAUUAAGAAUUUCUUAAGAAUAUUUUUCAGACUUUUAUUUAUUUUACGCAAUGAUUUAGAAUAAUUGAAUUGAUAUUACUUUAAUGUGAAGAAAGUCUUAUUAAAUAUUAUUUUGAACUAUCAAGAUUUUAUUAACAAAAACUGUAGGUAUUAAACUUGAAUCAGUAUCUGGAUGAAGUUUAAUCGAGAGAGUAGCGCUCCGGGUUAAAUACAAGUCGCACUCUCCUCUUCGCAGAUCAUUUUGGCGAUGAUCUGGUCGAGCAAUCAAUUGGGCGCGGCCUACUACAACAUCCUCACGUCCGAGUUGUUCGUGAUGGACGAUACUUAUGACGACGGUGCUCACUUUAACAUCGCUAGAGCCCUGUACAAGCAGUGUCAGCCGCGCCACGUCAUCACGAUCUCUGGCAUGUCCGACGAGUUCCUCACGGCGCUCGAGACCCUGGUAACGUCGGAAGUGUCGGACGAGGAUCGGCGCGAAUCCUCGGGAUCGAGCGGCGCGGGGCCGUCACAGGUCUCGUUGAGGGUGUUGCGGAAGAGGGAACACGGCUUCGACAGAUGCUAUCACAGGGUACGAUGUCUCAAGCUCCAGCCCGAGCCGGCGAACGCCAACAACGUCGAGAGACUUAUCUUCCUGCAGGGUCUGUUGAACUUCAAGUCGAUCGUUAUGAUCCACGCGCUGGGUCUGCUCUUGAUCUACAUCGACCAGCAUUGGAGCAAUAUCGCGCUCGAUCCUUCCGGCAGGCCUAGCUUCGCGUCUCUGACUAACGUGACGUUACGCGAUAUCGUCAUGAUAGACGAUGACACUUAUGAAGCGCUGAAUAUUGUGCAUACCCGGCAUCAUCCAAGCCUCUUCAAGUGCGGUGACGCGGCAGCGAAGAAGCAAAGUGGCAGCCUGUUCAUCCUCCUCAAUCGCUGUCAAUCACGACCCGGAGCGCAAUUUUUGUGGAAAACGUUGCGGCAUCCCACUCGUAACAUGGGAAUCCUUAACGAAAGAUUCGAAGUCAUUGAAUUCUGCUUGAAUCCGGAUAACCAGAGUAUCGUCGAAAAUCUGACGUCGUGCUUGAAGCACAUUUAUCGUUUGACUAACGUUAUUCUGGAUAAAUAUUCAGCGCAGCAAGCUAAAGUUACUGAUUGGCGACGAUUGCAUAAGACGGUUUCUUCCAUAAUUUAUAUUGCCGACAUAUGCGAGAAGCACCGCGAGAAAGUAAGGCUGUUCCAUAAAAUUGUCGACAGUAUCACGAAAGAAGUACGUUACGUCAAGUAUUUUAUCGAGUACAUAGUGGAUUUGAGUGCGAAGCGAUCUGAGAGAGAUUUCAUCGUACGCGCUAAUGUGGAUUCACACUUGGACAAUCUGCACCACAUAAGAAAUACUUUACCCGAGAAACUGACACAAAUGGGAGAGAAAGAUAUGAAGGAGUAUCUUCCGGUCUCGGUGACGACCUGCAAGAUGGUGUACAUACCAAAUAUCGGGUAUCUCUUGGCGAUAACCGGAUGGAACCCGUCGCCGGCUGACAAUAUCAAUUUGCAAAACCUAGAAUUUAAAUUUGUCAGCAACAACAUACGUUAUUAUAAAAGCCCUAGCGCCAAAGAAUUAGACGAUACUAUAGGUGAUAUAUUGCUGAGGAUAAAUAAGCGGGAGAGUUACAUUAUAUUGAAGCUCGUGAAAUACAUAAAUAAGCACGCUCCAUCAAUCUUCAACGCGAUCCAGUUGUGCGCCGAAUUAGACACAUUGCUGGCGUUUCACGUGGUUGCACGAGAACACAAUUAUGUAAAACCCAAUGUGGUGGACCGGCAGAUCAUAGCGGUGGAGCAGGGUCGACAUCCUUUGCAGGAGUUUCUAACAACUUUUGUCCCCAAUGACACCUAUUCCGGAGACGGAAAGAGUCUUGUGAAAAUCCUGACCGGCCCGAACGCCUCCGGCAAGAGCACUUAUCUCAAGCAAGUUGCGCUGAUCGUGUUCAUGGCUCACAUCGGCUGCUUCGUGCCGGCCAAAUCGGCCACCAUAGGAAUAGUGACUCACAUCUUGACUCAGAUCACGUCGGUAGACAGCAUCGCUCUAAAUACGAGCAUGUUCCUGCAAGAUAUGCGGCAGAUAAACUCCGCUCUUUACUCGUCUACAUCAAAUUCCAUCGUUAUUUUGGACGAGUUUGGAAAUGGAACGUCCGAGGUAAGUGGCUUAUCACUGCUCGCAGCCGUAUUGAACAAUUUCGUCGAACGGGGGCCCAAUUGUCCGCACAUAUUCGUGGCUACUCACAUGCAUCGGGUGAUGAACAUGUUGCCACAAAAUCCGAUAAUCGAGGAGCAGACUUUCGAGUUUAUUACAAAUGAAGACGGCUCCGUGGCGUAUCUUUAUAGUUUAACUAGCGGACGCGUGGGACGCAGCUUCGCCCAUGCGGCUGCACGAAGUGCAGGUUUGGACGAAAAGAUUGUCAAACGAGCGUUAGAGGUAUACGAAAAAUUUAAGGCCGGCGAGUUACCUUUACGAUUACCGGAAGCUAAAGGCCAAAACAUGGCGGUGGACAUUAUCGAACAAUUACUGCAGUCAAAGAAUUUCAAUCUGGAAGAGUUGAAGACAUUGGUCUAUCAAGCCACGGAAACGCCAAUUGCAAGGAUAAACGAGAAAAAUUGAAACGAAAUAAAGGAAAAGACUUUCGUACUUUUUUAUUGAGUCUAAUUACGAAAUCACAAGCUGUUGAAAUAUAAGAAGAGAUAUAUUGGAGCGAAAGAAGAAACAAAAAACAUUUCGCAAAAUUUCAAUAUAUUUUAUUAAUAUUUAAUUAGUAAAAUAACUAGUAUAUUAUAUCAUUAUCAAAACAUUUAAUAACUGAAAGGAUUUAAUUUUUCGCAAAAAGUGCAGAAAUAAAUUAACGUAACUGAAUUCUACCUUCAAUAUUUUCAGUUAAAUUCAGAUCAAGAAAACAAAUGUUUCUAAUUUUUAGAACUAAAAAAUCAAAAUUUAACUGUAAGUUAAUUUGCAUUAAUUAAUAGAAAUAAAUAAA